AAACGUACCAUACUAUAGCUAAUGGUUUAGAUUGACGUAACAGAAACGUCUCCAUAGUUACAAUCGAGAGUUAAAGUAAAAUUUGGAUCAUGUUGCAGUUUCCACAUUUCAGGAUGACUGGCUAAUACAGUCACGGUUUUAUAGCAAAUCAAUCAAUCGACUUCCGAGGCCAAGAUCUAAUUUUAGAAUUCAAAGAGAUUCCUGGAAGUUGAAGAUCAACGGCAACCGAUUUUUUGCACAAAUUGUUUUGUGUAGUUUGAUUUAUACGGCAAUAAGGAUUUGUCAGGAACGUCACUGCACGUCAUUUCAAUUUACCUGAGAUCCGUUUGUUGUUUCUGAUUUAUAGAACUGAUAGAAAUUAUCCUCAUUCCUGCACCAUUACUUUCUUCCAAAGCUAGAAUUAAAUUAUGCUGUGGAAAUCUGUAUCUAAAAAUUAUCAGAUUCUUUGCUUUUUUCCAAAUGGUUUCACCAGCCAGUACCAUGAGAAAUGUAUACCACCAGAAAGGCGCCAACAGACCACGCAGACGACGGAGAAACAGUUCAAAGAGGGAGACUACUCCAACUGCGACUCCGUCACCCAGGACCGGAUCUGGAAACAGAGCGUCGGCAAAGAGGGCAUGUGCCUUAAAAACUGGGAAGAAAAUUGGGGCUUCCUGACCGAGUUCGAUUCUAAGGGAAAUCCUAAACCACGAGAGGAACUCCCGGAAAACGUGACCGUGUUCUCCAAUGCAGUCCCCAAUACCAACUCCGGUAACUAUGGAAACAAGGUCAAGACCGAGUUAGGGGUCAAAAUGCAGAAACUCGAGCACCAGUUUUUUGGUGGUCAGCGGAAACGGAAGUUGGGGAGUGAAAUGGUCUGUUAUUGAUGGAUAUUAAAAUAGCCUAAUAUUUACCACAAACUGCUGAAUUAUAUUUAACUAAAUAUUGUGAAACUGUGAUAAUUUAAAAGAUUUUUGAGUAGUUAAUUGUGAUUUAUUAACAUUUUAUACUUGCUUAUUUUACAUUAUUUAAACUGCUUUUUAUGUACAAGAAGCAAUAUACACGUUUUUGGGGUGACCUUCACCCUAGAUGACCUCAUUAUUGUUAACCACAGGUUAUAUAUACUGUAUUUGGAUCGUUAUGUAAGUCUAUUCUUUGUACUUUUCCUUUUAUUGAUAUGUCUGUAUUUAUAUAUACACAGCAUGUUUUUAAAUUUCCAUACUGAGUAACUGAUUGAUUGGAAUAAGAAUGAGUGAAGACUACUUCUUGUAAGCAUUGUACAUAAGUAGGCAUUAUUUUCUUUUUAAAUUUGAAUAAGCCUUUCACAUUCAUCAUAAACACAGUGACAUUUCUAAAUUGUAUGUCAGUCCAGCCAACCUAUGGGUAGUCCACACCAUGUUUUCUGCUGUUCUAUACAUAUACAAACUCCAUGCUUCUUUUCUACCAUCACUGCCUCUAUUUGUACUUAAUCAGACACCAUCUUAGUGUUCUGUUUCUGCUGAUAUAUAUAUAAUCCUGCAAACGUUUGUGCCAAUAGUUAACCCCCCUACCCUGGCUGUGGGAUUUACACCACUCAGAAACAUUAACAUUCUGUGGGGUUUUAUUUGAGUAAUUGUAGUAUGGUGACAAAGUGUUUUCUGGUAAAGGAAUUAAUUUUUGUAUGGUUUGUGUGCAAAGUGUUUUAAAAAAGUUUUGUAUGAAAUAUAUAUUUGUCUUUAAAAUAAAUGUUAUUCUUGGUCUU